AUGAUAACAUUAUCAAUUUGGUUAUUCUUAAUAACAAUAAUCUUCCAAUUAGUAGUCAUAAGUUCAAAUGUAACCACUAUUUCAGAAACAUCAACAACAACAUCAACAACAACAACAACAAUUGUUGAUAACGAAGACGAUAUUGAUAAUUCUUUAGAGGAACCACAAAUUGAAACUAUAAAAGUUAUUGGUAAUAAAUUUUUUGAAUGUGAAUCAGGAAAUCAAUUUUUCAUUAAAGGUAUAGCUUAUCAAAAAACUCGACAAGAAGGAGAAAUUUAUGAUACCAAUAAAGAACCUAAUUAUAUUGAUCCAUUAGCUAAUCCAUUUACAUGUUUAAGAGAUUUAGAUUAUUUAAAAGAAUUAGGAAUUAAUCUUGUUCGAGUUUAUCAAAUUCAUCCUAAUGCUAAUCAUGAUAUUUGUAUGAAUGCAUUUGCUAAAGCAGGAAUUUAUGUAUUAGCUGAUCUUUCUGAACCAACAUUAUCAAUUAGAAGAGAUUAUCCUCAUUGGGAUACUGAAUUAUUUAAUCGAUAUAAACAAGUUAUUGAUUCUAUGAAUAAAUAUAAAAAUUUAUUAGGAUUUUUCGCUGGUAAUGAAGUUACAAAUUGUCAAUUAAAUAUUGAUGCUUCACCAUUUGUUAGAGCAGCAAUUCGUGAUUGUAAAAAUUAUAUUAAUCAACAAGGUUAUAGAAAAAUCCCAAUUGGUUAUGCUUCAAAUGAUGAUGCUAAUAUAAGAAAAAAUCUUGCCAAUUAUUUUAUUUGUCAAUUAGAUGAAGAUGAAGAUAAAAAUAAUGAUAAUAUAAAUAAUAUAAAUAAUAGUCAAGCAGAUUUUUUUGCUAUUAAUGUUUAUGAAUGGUGUGGAUAUUCAACUUAUACUACUUCAGGAUAUAGAGAUUUAACUACAACAUUUAAAGAUUAUCCAAUUCCAAUUUUUUUCAGUGAAUUUGGUUGUAAUAUAAUUACUCCAAGACCUUUUACUGAAGUUGAAGCUAUUUAUGGUAAUACUAUGAAUAAAAUUUGGUCAGGAGGUAUUGUUUAUGAAUAUUUUGAAGAAAUUAAUCAUUAUGGAAUUUUAUUAACUAAAAAAGAUGGUCUGAUUACAAAAUUACCCGAUUUUGAUACUUUAAAAAUGAGAUUUAAUGCGGUUAAUCCAAUUGGUAUUACUAUAGAUGAAGCCACCAUAUAUGAACCAAGAAUAUCAUGUCAAGAUAUUUUUGGUGAUUCUUCUUCUUCUUCAUCUUCUUCUUUAUCUUCAUCUUCAUCUUGGGAUGUGGCAUUAACAUUACCUCCAACUCCUAAUGAAGCUAAAUGUGAAUGUUUAUGGAAAUCAUUAUCUUGUGUUGUAUCUGAUGAUGCAAUAUUUGAUGAAGAAGUAGCAUUAAGAGAAUUAUGUUUUAAAGUUGAUUGUGAAGAUAUUAAUGCUAAUGGUAGAUCAGGAAAAUAUGGUCGUUAUUCUGAUUGUAAUCCAACUAUUCGUACUUCUUAUGCUUUAAAUAAAUAUUAUCAACAAUGUGGUAAAAAGCAAGAAAUUUGUGAUUUUCAAGGUCGAGGUGAAUUAUUUCCAAAUAGAGAUUUAGAAGAUUUAGGGAAUAAAUUCUCUAAUGAUGGGAAAAAUUGUCAAAGUUUACUUGAAGGUAAAGAAGAAGAAGAAGAAGAAGGAGAAGAAGUAGUAAAACCUGGUUUACCAGGUUCUAAUAAAGGUAAAGAAAUAGGCAAUAUUCCUAAAGGUAAAAGUAAAGGUAAAGGUAAAGGGAAAUUAAUUGAAGAAGGAGAAACUGAGGAACAAGAACAAGAAGAGGAAGGUAAAAAAUCAAAAUCAAAAUCAAAUAAAACUCCUUCUGGUAAAACUCCUUUAGAAAAUCCUUCUAAAACUUCAGAACUGAUUGCUGGUGGUAAUACAAUUAUUUUCAAAAAUGAUAGUAUUUGGAAAACAUUCAUUGAAAUUUUAUUUACAUGUUCUGCUGCUAUAUUGAUUUAA